UUGGAACAACAAACUUCCGUCAUUCUAUGCGAUAAGAAGCUUGUUUUGGGAGCAAAAUAAGUGAUAAAUAAGUGAUAGAUGUUGCUUAGUUUUUCCUUUUUAUCAACAGGAAAUGAAGUUCGUAUUUAGUGUAGUUUUCCUAAUAACACUGGCGGAAAUUCAGCUGACCAGUUGUACUCUUUCGCCAUCGGAUGUGAAAAACAAAAACAAAAAACCUAAAGAACUGAAGGUAAAGCUAGGUCCACAGCCAUCCAGUGUCUUUGAGCGAGGUCUCAUCCAGGAAGAACCUUCGGCGAAGGAUAUUCUGGUGGAAAAUGGUGCUUACUACGAGGAAACAGCACUGAAGAAUUUCAAAGGAACUGUCUUAGGUUACGUUACACCGUGGAAUAAUCAUGGGUAUGACGUGGCUAAAAUUUGGGGUGCUAAAUUCAACUACGUUUCUCCGGUUUGGCUGCAAGUGCUGAGGAAAGGACCCAAACAGUACGAAUUGGGUGGAGCUCAUGAUAUUGAUGCCGGAUGGGUCAACGACGUGAAGCAGGCUGGUGAAGCGAUCAAUAAUAAAGUCGUACCCCGCAUAUUAUUCGACAAGUUCACCGACAAGGACUUUUCCCAGCUGUUGACCUACAGCGAAGAACGAACCAUCGCUUCUAAAUUAAUCCUCGACACGGUGCGAAAGUACAAAUUCGAUGGAAUAGUGCUAGAAGUGUGGUCCCAGCUCUCCGCGCGAGUUGAGGACGACUACCUUGUCGCGCUGGUAACGGAAAUAUGUCAAACCUUAGCCAGCUCCAGCUUCGACUGCAUCCUGGUGAUCCCUCCGGCUCGUAAAGAAACGUACGACCUGUUCUCCCGGAAACACUUCGAAACGUUGGCCCCAGUGGUGACGGCAUUUUCGUUGAUGACCUACGAUUAUUCGAGCGUUCAAAGACCGGGAGCGAAUGCACCCCUUUACUGGGUUAAGAAUGCUGUAAAGCAUAUUUGUCCGGACAGCGCAGAUGAUUUAAAGCAAAAGCGAGCCAAAAUUCUGCUCGGUCUGAACCUGUAUGGAAGCGAUUUCACUCCCAACGGGGGUCAACCCAUCGUUUCUCACGAGUAUUUGGCUCUGGUGAAGCAACUGAAGGGACAUCUGACGUAUGAUGAGCAUGAUGUGGAGAAUUUCUUCGAAGUGAAGACUUCCACCGGACGCCACAUGGUGUUUUACCCCACACUAUAUUCUAUCAAUGCCCGACUGAAAUUGGCGCGGGAGUUAGGCACUGGCGUAUCUCUUUGGGAGUUGGGUCAAGGUUUGGAUUAUUUUUAUGAUUUAUUCUAGUCAAACGGGCGCCAUGCAGCGUUGACCGCUUUCCGCACAAAUUGUACUUUUGAUGAGAUUUCGUGUAUUUGAAAGUACCUCCUUACAUAAAAUACAAUGUAAAACAUGUUACAUAAUCAUUGAAGGAUAGCUCUAA